UGCAGGAGACUGCGUAUGUGCUCGAGGCUGCCAGUUGACAAACUUUCCUUCUGCUGGCAAUGCUGCCUCAGGCUGUCCUUGCCCGUGCUUGAUUUCUGACGGAUGCCAGGACAGCAGCUGGUGGAAACGCACAAUGAACAGGACCGGGGAACUCAUCCAGACACAAUGAUGACACUGAAGGUUGAAAUCCUGUUUGGCUUCCUUUGCUGUAUGGUUUUUCUGCCUACAGAUGGCUUCCCAGCAGACACCAGUAGUGAAUUUCGCUCUGCUUUCUCUGUGGCCAGAACCAGCAGCAUGGAAGGGAGCUCUGAGAUGGUCAUUACCUUUGACAAAGUGUAUGUGAACAUUGGCAAUGACUUUGAUCCCAAGACUGGAUUGUUCCGCUGUCGAAUCCCUGGAGCCUACUACUUCUCCUUCACCGUUGGGAAAUACCCAAAGAAAAACUUGUCUGUCAUGCUGAUGAGAAACAAGAAUGAGGUACAAGUGAUUGUGUAUGAUGAACAUCACCGCAAGGAACGGAAGGUGGCCAGCCAGAGUGCCAUGCUGCAGCUUGACUAUGGUGACACAGUCUGGCUGCGUCUACAUGGAGAUCCCAAAUAUGCUCUUUAUAGCAAUGUGGGCCCCUACACAACUUUCAAUGGCUACCUAAUCUACCCGGACACUUCUGCCUUCUUCCAGAAUGCUCUUAGCUCUCAAGAGGUGGGUCCACACCAUCACACUAUUCAGCAGUUUCCCGGAGAGCAGAGUGAAGCUUCACAGCGACAUGUGUUAUCUGAUCAACCAAACAGGGAACAAGACCCUCGCUCCGCAUUUUCUGUUGCCCGCUCGCAAAGUCUCCUGGGGACAGAUGACAAGCAAACCCAGCAUGAGCCAAUCACGUUUGACACAGAGUUUGUGAACAUUGGAAAAGAUUUCAAUUCCUCCACUGGCAUCUUCUCGUGCCGUAUACCCGGUGCAUACUAUUUCUCCUUCACCAUUGGCAAAAUGCCCUUUAAGACUAUGUCAGUGAAACUUAUGAAGAAUCACAACGAGGUGCAGGCCAUGAUCUACGAUGACAACCACUCCAAGAGGCGAGAGAUGCAGAGCCAGAGCAUCAUGCUGCCUCUGCAAUACGGGGACACUGUUUGGCUCUACAGCCAUCAGCACGAUGGAUAUGGUGCCUACAGCAACCAUGGCAAGUACAUCACCUUCACAGGCUUCCUGAUCUAUUCAGAGGCUCAGUCAAAGCGGCUGCCAGGUGCCGGCUCACCCCAAGGGUCAAAUAAUUAAAUGCAGGUGUGAAAGGAGCGUAAGAAAAGCCAAGGUGCCAUGAACUUGGGUAUAGCUCCUCUUGGAAUAUCAUCCUCUACUUCGAGCAUGCUGUCAUGUGUCCAGUGCUUUUCUUCUGCUGCACGCUUGUGCCCUGUCUGCAGGGCCACUGCUGUGUCUGCCGUUCAUCCAUAGAAAGGUCUUUACAGGUUGUAUGUGUGCGUCCUGUGUUGGUGUUCGAUUUAAGCAUAAAGCAUGAUGUAGUUUUGGGGCAGGGGUGGGGGCAGCGUAGUGAGAUGCUGAGAAUCAGAGGAACACUGCGGUAGUGUUACUGCAGAUCCCCAGCGCCCAGAAAGCAAAGGAUGUGGUGACUUGCCUUGCAGAUCUGGGGAGGGAAUAAAUGUAAUGAAAAUGAAUGUAAUAAAAAUACAAAAGGUGUGAAAUUU